CAUCGUUAGAUCACCACGCAGAUCAGUAUUUGCCAACAUGUAAAAAUAGCAUCAAUCACAAACUUCUACUUUACUACCACCAUUCCCUUUAAGAAGUCAAUUGGUAUUACAGGGUUUGUAGGCUAUUCUUUCGUUUGAUUAGCGACUAUCUUUACAGUUUUGGAGUCGCAUUUUUUUGUAUAGAGGAUAUUUCUCUCGUAAGAAAUAUUUUUUUUGCUUUUAGCUUCAUAUCAUCCAAACUCGCGUUUUGGUGCUAUAAAGCUGAACAGAAAAAGGGCCGAGGAAACUAUUUAAUUUAACAUUUGUGUAUAAAACUAAUUUACUUACUGAUUUCUUCUGAUCAUCUGUCGUCGUUAAACUUUCGUUGUUGAACAUGUUUCGUUUUUUGAAGCCCUCUGUUUUGAAUACUUCUCUCCGCUGUGGGCAACGCUUUUAUUCUAAGCUUCCUCCUGUUACCAACAGUGAGCGUAUCUUGCCUAAGCAGACUCCCUUUCCUACCCCACAAAGUACGAACGAUAUCGCUACUCUUACUAUUCGUAACGGUCCCAUCUUCCAUGGAACUUCUUUUGGUGCCAACCGUAACAUCUCCGGUGAAGCUGUCUUCACCACUUCUCCUGUCGGAUAUGUUGAAUCUAUGACUGAUCCUUCCUAUAAACAGCAGAUUUUGGUCUUUACUCAACCAUUAAUUGGUAACUAUGGUGUUCCAAGUGGCUCGAAGCGUGAUGAACACGGUCUUCUUCGUCACUUUGAAUCUCCUCACAUCCAAUGUGCUGGUGUAGUUGUGAACGAUUACGCCACCAAGUACUCUCACUGGACUGCUGUUGAGUCUCUUGGUGAAUGGUGUGCCCGUGAAGGUGUUGCUGCAAUUUCCGGUGUAGAUACCCGUGCUAUCGUUACUUACUUGCGUGAACAAGGUAGUAGUCUUGCCAAAAUCAGCAUCGGUGAAGAAUACGAUGCUAAUGACGAUGAGGCUUUUGCCGAUCCUAGUGCCGUCAAUUUGGUUAGCCAGGUUUCUACUCGUGAGCCUUUCUUUGUUGGUGGUGGCGACGGAAUGUUGAAUGUUGCCGUUAUUGACUGUGGUGUCAAGGAAAACAUUCUCCGUUCUCUUGUUAGCCGUGGUGCUAGUGUUACUGUCUUCCCCUUUGAUUACCCCAUCCAAAACAUUGCUAGCAACUACGAUGGUGUUUUCUUGACCAAUGGUCCCGGUGACCCCACUCAUCUUACCAAGACCGUCAGCAAUCUUCGACAAUUAAUGGAUACCUACAAUGGACCUAUUAUGGGUAUUUGCAUGGGUCACCAAGUACUUGCAUUGGCCGCUGGUGCUAAAACUAUUAAGCUCAAGUACGGUAACCGUGGUCAUAACAUUCCCGCUUUUGAUAUUGCUAGUGGUAACUGCCAUAUUACCUCUCAAAACCACGGUUAUGCCGUCGAUAUCGCAUCCCUUCCUGCCGAAUGGAAGUCUACCUGGGUUAAUUUGAAUGAUCAAUCAAACGAAGGUAUCGCUCAUACCACUCGCCCUAUCUCUUCUGUUCAAUUCCAUCCCGAAGCUCGUGGUGGUCCUAUGGAUACCCAUUACCUCUUUGAUAACUACAUGGAGGAAGCCCGUAAGUACCAAAAAUCCCGUACAUCUUAAAUUUGUUCUAUAGUGGUUUAUUUGUUUUUUUUGGGAGAUUUUUUUUAGUUGUUGUUAUUGUGUUGUUUUAAAAUUAAACUUGGAUUUGUUGUUUCUUUAGACUUUCUACGAAACGGUUUUGGUAAAUGAGGGUUUGCUAAUGUCCUGUAAUAUUCAAACACCUCGGAGCGUUUCUAUAUAACUUUUCCUUUGUUAGUGCUUUUUCAUAAAAUUAAUUGAAAAUUAAUACAAUGUUUAAGAUUGAAU